ACUUUUCUCGAAACCACUGACAUGGAUUUUAAGAUUUUUGUCUUCUUCAUCCUAGUGGCUAAGGCCCUAGGAAGCACAGUUCCUUCAUACAACACGCCUGCGCCAACUUAUCGUGCUCCUGCCCCAUCUUAUAAUGCUCCUGCUCCUUCAGGGCCCGCUCAGUACGACUUCAACUAUGCAGUGAGAGACGACUACUCUGGAAACGACUAUAAUCACCAAGAAAAUCGCAAUGGCUAUGAUACUCAAGGUGCUUACUACGUUCUCCUUCCGGAUGGCCGAGUGCAGAGAGUCGCCUACACCGUGAACGGCGACUCCGGAUACGUUGCCGAAGUUACUUACGAAGGAGAGGCUCAAUACCCAGCUUACCAACCUGCCCCUUCUCGCUCCUACCAGCCCGCCUCCGCGCCUUCCUACCAACCAGCUCCUACUCCUUCGUACCAAACCACCCCCAGCUAUGCAUAAUUUCUUGACUUGAACUAUUGUAUUUAUUGAUUAUAAUUAUAAGAUGCAUUUUAA